UCUCGACCCUCGGGGGGUCAUGCAGGGCUGUGCGCAUGCGCAUGCGCAUGCGAGCGUCGGGGAAGGUGAAGCUGAUCGUGUGCCGGUUCAGGACGACGGCGGAGGCAGGGGGAAGGCAGGGAAGUUUGCCCGAGUUCUUGGCACUCUGAAAAGCGGAGCGGCUGCUUGUGAGGCAGGGGUUACGAGGCUGGCGAUGCAUGCAGAAAGGCAGAGGCGAGGCACGAAGGGAAGGCGUCGCCGAUGAAAUGAACACAGAGAUGUUUUCGGAUCGGAGAGAGCACGCGUCGGUUUGGAAAGAAGUAAAAAGGAAUUUUACUGGCGCCAACAAACACGGGCGUUUGUUCGAGAAAGCGAUACAGCUUUUUCCUUUUCGAGGGUACUGCAACAUUCGGGCAGUUGCGGGGGACAUUCGGUUCGUGUGGAGGGAGGAAGAGGGGGAAAGAAGAGAAGGUGACCGUUAUGUUCAGCCAGCAGUGGAGCUCUGAGGGCGUUUUCGUCGACAUGUCGUUUCACCUUGCACAUGCUGAGAAUGUGGAGCAUCCGACAGAGGCGCGACGGAGCUCGUGCGAGGCCGCUUCGGAUAAGCAGUGACUAGGGGCUGGAACGCAUAAAGAGAAGGUAAAGUUGGGUGAGGGGGGAGGUGACGGACAUGGAUGUUUGCGGUUCUCUUGGUGAGACGAGGAAGUGAGGGUCAAUGUGAACUGCGUGUCUGACUGAGCAAGGCGAUGAGCGUUCGAUCCGGUAGAGGCGUCAAGCCGCAUUCUUCAGACUCAAGAAAAUCGGGUUCAAGUCUGGAGCUGCGAAUGCGAAGGCUGAUUUGCAGCUUUCUUGAGAGUCGCAAAGCACUUCUUUUUUUUGUGCCGAUAUGCCUCCUUUUUUAGUUCGACAUCCUUCGUUUCGCGUCCCGCAGUCGCCCCAGAAGAGAGUCCGGGUUGCGGCCGAGCGAGACCGUUUGCUUUUUCGGAUUAGAUGCACAUUUUGUGCCUCUGAAAAUUUGGGGAGUUUCGUUCAUGCAGAAGACCAUGUACAGCGUGCAGCCCAUAACCCUGUGGAGGGCAAGGGCGCCAUUCAUCUGCUGUAGCGCUCGAGUCGCGUCUAAGAAUAGCUGAACCGCGCUCGGAGCGCUCUCUGGAAUUUUCGCGAAUUCAUUCCAGACCCACGAUGACUUGCCAAGAUUCGACCGCGGCAGAAUCUCCGGAGUGCUUUCUGCGCAGCCCAGAACUUUGCCCGAAGAUGCAUGCGACCGUUUUUGCCAGCGCAAAAACCGUCAAAAGUUUUCGAUCCACCUCGAACCAGUGCUGGAUUAUGGCUCUUUGCGUCUGUCGACGUUUGACGUCUUUUCUGUUCGAGAAGCGCGACACGAGAGAAGAAAUACACGCUAGCAAACCGAAGCCCCUACUAGGUGUCGGAGAUCCUGUGACACCGGUGGACAGACAGCAAAGACAAGAUAUAAGAAAGCGUGCAUUUCCAUGGAUGCGUGGCUUAUGGUUUGUCGGCGGCAGCGAGAGAGCGAAAUCAGACGCGCCAUACAGUGCAGUAGAAGAAAGCAGGCCUUGGAAAAUCCGAUUCAACCUCCUUUUCCGAGUCACGCCCCAGAAGACAUUCCCAACUCGCCCUGUUUACUUCUGGCUGAGACAAGACAGCUCCCCACAAACAACCCGUGUCAUGCAACUUUUGCUGAAUCGAUUUAAGCGUUGCUCACUCUUCUUCCACUCCGAAGAACCAGCAGCGGUCUCAGUAAAAGUGUUUUCUCCAGACAACCCAGACACCCGAGUCCCGUUCUCGUCAAAGUGAACGAACGACGUACCAGAAACGAUCCCAGCACAGACAGAAGAUUGAUCUGAGCACGAGUGUUGCGGAGAGCUUGUAAAGUUAUUGUCGCGAUAAACAUGGUGGAAACAACAGGAAGAAAAAUCCCGGCUUCCAGGCGGUGUGUCCGAGUGGUUAAGGAGAUGGACUAGAAAUCCAUUAGGCUCUGCCUGCGCAGGUUCGAAUCCUGCCGCCGUCGAUUCACUCACAAUCCCUGCGUGCUUACAAUAUGCAUGCAAGCUGAUUCGUGUCAACAGAAGAACAGUUUGGGGGAGGAGGUUUAGAAACUUUGACGGAAAAACAGAGUCGAGAAGAUUUCUUUGGAAAAUCUAUACGAAAUGGGCGCUUUUGUUGGGAAACAGGGACGGAAGAAAUUCGAAGUGCCUCACGUUUCUGCAACAACGUGACUGCAUGCACAUAUGAAUCGCGAGAGAAUCGACGGCGGCAGGAUUCGAACCUGCGCAGGCAGAGCCUAAUGGAUUUCUAGUCCAUCUCCUUAACCACUCGGACACACCGCCUGGAAGCCGGGAUUUUUCUUCCUGUUGUUUCCACCAUGUUUAUCGCGACAAUAACUUUACAAGCUCUCCGCAACACUCGUGCUCAGAUCAAUCUUCUGUAGCAUCUGUCUUUUCCGUACUCGAGGGCACACGCCUGCAGGGUCUUUGCUCGUUCUCUUUCUUUUCUUAUAGCGGGCUUCAUGCGGUCUGCUGUGGUGUCCAGCGUCCAUCGCAGAAACGGGAAGUGACGAACUCACACACGGUACCUGCUCUGUGGCCACUGCAAGGUACGACUCUCAGGCAACCAGGCGACGCCAUAUCUUUUUAGGGUUGUCGUGCGCUUGUUGCCACACUAUAUCUUUUCAGACACAGUUACAAAAGAGUCCCUCUUUUCCCAGAAUGUUUUUCUACACCGAUAUUCAGGUUGAGACUUUGAGAGUUUCGAGAAACCGCCGAGGCACGCGUUACACGAGCAGAAAGUGACUGACAAACCAAAUGAUUACACGAUGUGAACACUGCUGGCUUUCCAGUGAAACGGUUGCCAAGUGUACGUACAGCGCAGCUGUUUCAUGUUUUCACGAAUGUGCUGC